AUGGACGCUAAGGAGCUUACUUUUAAGGUAAAAUAUCCUCAAUUAGAAGCACUUCCAGGAGAACUUAGUGUAGGGAGAAAAAGGUAUUUUAUUAAUAAAAACACAAAUUCCCCUGAUUUUGUACUUGGCGCAUCAAAAUUGCCAAGUGUUAGAAAAGAAUACAGAUCUAAAAGCCCUAUAUUUGAUCGUGGCGAUUUUUUUUCUAAUCCUGAAGGAAAAUCUAGCCAGAAUUCAAGCUUUGAUAAUAGUUUAAGCCAGACUCCGAAUCUUUUUGAGCUUAAAAUGAUUGCAAGACCAGCAAAGAUCGUUUCUGAAAAAUCAAUUAAAGAGAUCCCAAAAUCUAAAUUUAUUCCUACGGAUAGAAAUACUAAUCCGUUUAUAUUAAAAUACUUAAAUCAUCCUUUAUUCCAACAACCUCGAUAUACAAGACAAUCUCCCAAAAUUGAAAUUAAUGAUCCUAUUACUGGGUAUACCGGCAAAGCUCUUGAAACCAGAUAUUAUAGUCCUACACCUGCGCUUAAACGAGGAAUGGCUGAAUAUGGAAAUAUCUUGCUUUCUUCAAAGAAAGAGCCAUACAGUAAAUUUUAG